UGCCUUCAACCGUGCCAUAGACGGUAGGUGAAUAGGUUAGAUGAACGAAGACAAGGCUAAAAACCAACGUAGCGUGGAAUCGGACGGGCAACACCGUCACCACCAUGCCAGCAUACGUUUAUGUUCCUCCCGGCAGAUACCUGAUCAAAAAGCCCAUCCAGAUGCUGGUCAGCACCUUUCUGAUAGGCGAUCCCCUGGACCUGCCCACUCUGGUGGCCGAUCCAGCCCUCAAGUCACACCCCGUCAUCCACGGCUACGAUGCACACCAAGGCGAGGGCGGCGCCACCAAGAACUUUUACAUGGCCGUCCGCAACUUCAACAUCGACACGACGGGAGUUCCCAGGGACGUGCCGGCCAAAGCCAUCGAAUGGUCCGUCUCACAAGGCUGCAGUCUGACAAACGUCCACAUCAACAUGGCGCCGUCCUCCGGCCACGUUGGGGUCACCAUGGAUGAGGGCGGCUCGGGCAAGAUCAUCUCGGACUGUUCCUUCACGGGCGGUGCCAUUGGUAUCUUGCUUGCCAACCAGCAGUACAUGCUGAAGGGACUCAAGUUUGACGGCUGCAACGUUGGCAUUUUCAUCCAGCGGUCGUUCGUCUCGACGAUUCAGGGGUGCAGCUUUACGAACUGCAAUUAUGGCGUCGACAUGGGUGCAGCUAAUAGUAGCGGCGCGCUGUCCAUUGUCGACUCCUCUGUCUCACGGUGCACCGCUGGCGUGAAUGCCUAUGUGAGCGGGUACGGUCAGGGCUCGCUUGUCCUGGACAACUUUGCUGUCACCGAUGCGGUAGCUGUGAGGUCCGAAAGCGGCUCGACGCUGCUCCAGGGGUCAGUCCCUGCCGGCCAGGUCUGGGUAAUGGGAAAUACCAACCCCGAUGGUUACCAGCCCGGCAAAACCUACCCUAUCCACCGACCGGCAAGCCUCUUGGUAGAUGGAAAAUACUUUGCCGCUCCUCUACCGCAGUACGAGAAGUACGACAUCAGCCAAGUCGUCAGCGUAACGGAGGACCCCGAGCACCCCGUAUACGGCGAUAACUCGCACGACGACGGCCCCUCAAUCAACGCCAUCCUCCGCAAGCACGCCAACUGCAAGAUCAUCUUCUUCCCCCAAGGCGUCUACCGCACCACCACCACUAUCCACGUCCCGCCCGGCUCGCGCCUCACCGGCGAAGUCUUCAGCACCAUCUCCGGCGCCGGCACCCACUUCACCGACCCCUUCAACCCCCAACCCAUCGUGCGCAUCGGCCACCCGGGCGACCGCGGCGUGUCCCAACUCACCGACCUCCUCAUAACCGUCUCCACCCCCCUGCCCGGCGCCAUCCUCACGCAGAUCAACACCGCCGGCGCCGAGCCAGGCGACGUCGGUGUCUGGAACGGCGUGUUCCGCGUCGGCGGCGCGGCCGACACCCUCGUCAGCACCAGCUGCGGCGCCCGCGACCCGAGCACCUGCCGCGCCGCGCACACCCUGCUCCACCUCACCAACACGUCCUCCGCCUACCUCGAGGACGUGUGGGGCUGGGUGGCCGACCACCGCCUCGACGGCGGCGGCGGCGCGUCGAAGUCGGACCCGCCGCAGAAUAUCGCCGUCGGCCGCGGGGUGCUGGUUGAGAGUCGGGCCGGGGGUGCGUGGCUGGUGGGCACCUCGUUUGAGCAUUGUGUGCUGUAUCAGUAUGCGCUGCGCGGGGCGCGAGCGGUGUAUAUCGGUCAGCACCAGACGGAGAGCCCGUAUUGGCAGGGGAAAGGGACGGCGCUGCGGGCGCCGGAGCCGUGGGCGGUGGAUGUGCGGUUUGGGGAUCCGGGGUUUGAGGGGUGUGAGGAGGGGGAUGAUAUGUGUCGGCGGGCGUGGGGGUUGUAUGUGGAUGGGGUGAGGGAUGUGGUGAUUCAUGGGUCGGCCAUGUGGAGCUUUUAUGGCGGGAUGAGUGAUGGGUCGUGGAGUGACCCGCAGUGUGGGCUCACGGGGGGCAUCUGUCAGACGAAUAUGGCGUAUGUGAAGGGGGCGAGGGGGAUGUGGUGGUUCUCGGCGAGCAGCAAGGCGGCGGAGAAUUUGGUGGUUGAUGUAGGGGACGGUUCGGGGGGAGAUGGGAGUGUAGUUGUCACGUCGAUGAAUGAUCACCCGGGGAGUUGGGGUGCGGUGAUGGCUGCGUACUUGAGGAACACAGAUCGUGGUGAUGAGGAUGGGGAUGGUGAUGAGGAGAGGGGAGGGGAUUCAGGGGCAAGCACAAUGGUAUCGGGGUUAGGGUUGGUCGUGACGAUUGUUGGGAUUGUGGCUGGUCUGAUGUUGUUCGGAUGAGAGCCGACUUGCACAGAACUCCUGUGUACCUAGUUAUCACCGGGAGUCAGUACCUAUGUAUGUAUGCCAUGAAAUAUAUUGAACGUUUUCAAAGGCCACGUCCUGGACUGGAAAUAAAUCUCUUGCGCAGCUUGUCACGAUCGCAUCCUGGCGUUGUUUCGGCAAUCGAAGUUAUCCGUCACAUUCCCGGAACGUGUCCGAUCAAGGAGCCGCGGGUCGGGUGGCGGCCGGUCGAGUCGGCACCGCCCCGUAAAGCCAAAACCCCAUCGUUUCAGCGUCGAUCGACAUUGUUGAAAUCGCAACGGAAUCCCUCCAGUUGAGUGAUUGUGGG